CCGGAGCUGACGUGUGGGGGGCGCCGGUUUCCGUUGCCGGGCGGCCCCGCGGCGGCGGCGGCGCUGCGGUGGCCGCUUCACGGGGAACACGAUGAAAGAAGCAGCAAUAAGGAGGCUCCUGGCUGCCAACCUCCUCUGCGCCCUCUCGGUUGUUCUGACAGCGGUUGUUCCGGCGUUCUUCUGGGACGGAUUCACGGUUUUGGGAACACACCUCACGUGGCUGUGUAUUUGUUCUGGUUGUGUUAGUACCUUUAAUAUACUAUUGCACUUAGUCCUUAAACCGAAUCUGUCUCCUAAGAGAAGUUCGUUUGCUCACAAGAUAUCCAGAUUUCUAAAAUGCUGUAUAUACUUUUUCAUGUCUUGCAUACUAUUUCAUGCGAUUAUUGUUCUUUAUGGAGCACCUCUCAUAGAGUCAGUGACUGAGACAUUUUUGUUUGCAGUUCUUCUGUCUACCUUUACUACUUUACAAUGCUUAUGUAUGCUGGGACCAAACAUACAAGCAUGGAUACGGGUAUUUAGUAAAAAUGGAGCUAUGUCCAUCUGGGAAAACAGUCUACAGAUUACUACCAUGUGCACUAUAUUUGGAGCUUGGUUUGGAGCAUUUCCUAUUCCUCUUGAUUGGGAUCGGCCUUGGCAGGUAUGGCCCGUGUCCUGUUCCCUCGGAGCUACCUUUGGCUAUACGGCUGGUCUGAUUAUUGCACCUCUGUGGAUACACUGGAACCGGAAGCAGCUUACAUACAAAAGCAGAUAACUGGAGCAAAGAGAGACAAGGAACUUCAACUUGCUGGUUUCUUCAUGGUUUUAUAAAAAUAGAAGUCCCUGACUUUUCUCUGUUAGCAUCUGUAACAACAGAACAUGGAUUCCACUGACUGCAAGCAGUAUCAGCGAGCACAGUUUCACUUAAACACCUUAUGCCAGCUGCUUACCCACUGAGAAGUGGCAGAGCAACUGCCAUGGACAAGCCCUUUAACUCCUAACCCAUGAGAAACCACCAGGCUGUGGUGCGCUCCUGCGCCAGGUCCUUUCUCACUGUCAAUGACCUUACGAACAGCACUCUUCCCACACAGGAUUUCCACUUUCUCCAGGAAAGGAAUUCACCCUGGUUUUGGUGACUGCAGCCAUGAAGUCAGGAUUUUCCAUUCUUUCAGAUAUGGGCAAUCAAAGGAAAAAAAUACAAUUCACACUGGCACAGGGGAUGUGGUCGGACCCUCUGCAGAACCCACUCUUUGGAAAGAUGGGUCCUUUCACUUUGUUUUUACAGAAGUAUGACCACCAAUAAACUUGUUUUCACAGUGAAAACAGACUAUGGAAUAGAGAUGGUUUCAUAUAGUUACCCAUAUCGCGUCGUACAUGUCUUUUCAUUUGCUAACUAUACAAAUCCUGCCCAGACAAGAGAGACUGAUCAGUUAGGUGUCCCGUUCCCUUUCACUUUUUACAAAUAAACCCAAAAGCACAGUCUUCAGUCCAGUGUUGAGUAACGGCUUUGUAAGAUAGAAGACUAAGCCUUCCCACUGACUCCUUCAAGAUUAAUUCCCAUCAUGCAACUUCUCAGAAGAUGAAGUGCCAGCGUAUCGGUGCCAUCAUGUGCACGUUGAAUAAACACAUCUCAGUGAAAAGUGUUGCUGGAAUUCAUGGAGUUCCUAAGAGUCUUCUGCACCUUGUUUUAUGUCAAGUCCCAAUUUGUCAAGUCUAACAGCUUCCAUUGAAGAAUGUGGUAGAACACUCAAUGAUUUCACUGUAGCAGAUAUUAAGGCAGUUGAAAAACUGCCUAUGUUUUUUCUUUCUUAAGUGAGGAAUGUGUAAGCCAUCUCACUGCCCGUGGCUGGCCUAUCUGUUGGUUGUUAACUGAAGAUGCAUCCCAGGUUGUGCCUGGCAAGCAUCCCUUAUUGACCUCGACACUGCAUCCCAGCUGGAAAUCUGACCAACGAGGAACCAGCAUUAAGUCCUACAGAUAAUCUUCUAGCCUUCAUGGCUACAUCUAAUUUAGAGCACAAGCUGCCUGAGACACUUUCAGUCUGUGUUUUAUUAAUCUGAAGCAAUACGCUCACCUGGGAUGCUGACAGAUGUUCCUUUGCUCUGGAGAAUAAUGCUGCCACCUGCAUUUUUAUACACACACCAGCAAGUGCCAGCCAUUGCAAAGAAUUAUUAAGACAUGCCACAACAUGGAUGCAGCGCAGGGGAUUAAAACAGACCGAGGACAGUAGCUGCUAACGCAUCAAAUGACACAACCUUUUCAGAACUGCUGAAAGUGUCAUGUAGCGCUCAGACACAUUUUUCUUAACACAAAUCAUCCAGUCGCUAAUCCAAACCAACAGACUGCUUAUAAAACCGCAGACCAGAGCAGUAAAAAGAUACGGCUCCCCUCCUCUCUGCCCUCAUUUUGCAUGUUUUCUAAUUAGACAUGGGACAGUUUUGUUAAACGUGUAACUGCUAAUUUGGAGGUUUAAAAAAAAAAGUCCUGAAGCUCUGUUCCAAAGCAUCCACUUUAGUGAUGUUGGGGUUUAUAAUUCACAAUAAAACUGCAGGAUUUGGAA